AAAAAAAGGUUUUGCACGUGAUGAGUCAGCUGACAUUCUAUGCCUAGACAAGACUGAGCAGCAAAGGCUCGCAUCAUAACAAGUGUGCUUCCGACCGACGAGCACAGCAGGGCUUGUCUAACUUGUGUCAGUAGCCCACGAUUUGUGGAAGUUGGAGCGGGACUGUCUUGAAUCUCUUGACCUGCCUGUGUUCACCGCUCCCGGGGAAGACGACGACCUUCUAGUCGGCACUUUUUGACAGAAGCAGCCAACAAACAGCUCUUGGAGGACACUGCACCAGCUGUCCGUCAGGACAAUGAGGUCCCCAACGCUGCUGUCCCCGUUGGGACUGAUAAGCUGCACUCUGGUUUUAAUGUUGCCGCUGUUUGGGUCCUGUCAUCCAGCACCGAGCCCAGAGCAGCCGAGGCUGGUGUUCACGAAUCACAUUAGCUCCCUAAAGGUCGGAUUUAACUGGAGAAAUGUCAGCUGCCACUUGUGCAAAGCAGUCUUCACCAUCCUUGAUAUCGCCCUUCUGAGUGACACCAAUGAAGAGCGAGUGGCCCGUGCAGUAGGUGAGGCGUGCAUCCGUUUCCAUCUGGCUGAUGAGCGUGUGUGUCGAGAAAUAACAGAGUUGUUCCGGGACGACUUCAUCCGGGCUCUAGAGCAGUCCUUGCUGUGGCCCAGUGAAGCGUGCGCCCUGCUGGUGGGCCCUUCCUGUGGCAAAUUUGACAUGUAUGCCCCCUGGAACAUCACCCUGCCAAAUGUUCCUAAGCCCCCUGUUACACCACCGUCUCCUCCCAAAUCUGGUUCGCCACAGAGCAGGGUCCUGUUUCUAACUGACAUCCACUGGGACCAGGAGUAUGUAGCUGGCAGCGCCGCAGACUGCAAGGACCCUCUGUGUUGUCGUAAAGACUCGGGCUUUCCCAGCUGGAGGCGAAGGGAGGCUGGGUACUGGGGCACCUACAGUAAAUGUGACCUGCCUCUAUGGACGGUGGAGAACCUCCUGGAAAAUGCUGCCAGAGACGGACCCUGGGACUGGGUGUACUGGACAGGAGACAUUCCAGCGCACAAUGUUUGGUCUCAGACCAGGAAACAGCAGCUUUCAGAGCUUACAAUCAUCUCCAGGCUCAUCCACAAACACCUGGGACCUAAUGUGACAGUUUACCCUGCUGUAGGGAACCAUGAGAGUACGCCAGUGAACAGCUUCCCACCACCCUUCGUUCAUGGCAACAGAUCAUGCGCCUGGCUUUACGAUACAAUGGCAGAGGAAUGGGCACCAUGGUUACCAGAGCAGGCAUUGAAGACUUUGAGAUAUGGAGGAUUCUACACAGUGGAGAUUCAGCCUGGUCUGAGGUUGGUCUCUCUCAACAUGAACUUUUGUGCUCGAGAGAACUUCUGGCUGAUGGUGAACUCUACAGAUCCUGCCAACCAGCUGCAGUGGCUGGUUCAUAUUCUCCAGGCCAGUGAGGACAAUGGAGAGAAGGUACAUAUCAUUGGUCACAUCCCACCUGGCCUGUGUCUUGGCAGCUGGAGCUGGAACUACUAUCACAUUGUCAACAGAUAUGAAAGUACAGUUACAGGACAGUUCUUUGGCCAUACACACAUGGAUGAGUUCCAAAUGUUUUAUGACGAGGCAACCAUGACUCGCCCACUGGGAGUUGCAUUCAUUGCUCCCAGUGUCACUACUUACGUUAAUCUUAACCCAGGUUUCCGUGUCUACUAUGUUGAUGGGAAUUACAAAGGAAGCUCUCGGCUGGUGCUCGACCAUGAAACCUACAUCCUCAACCUCACAGAGGUAAACCACAGUCCCGGAGCACCGAGUAGCCCAGUACAGAACCCCAAAUGGACACUGCUGUACCGGGCCACUGAGGCCUACGGUCUGACAAGUCUGUUUCCUUCAGACUACGACAGAAUGAUGCAGGCCUUUAUCAGUGAUGAUCAUGUCUUCCAGAAGUUCUGGUACUUAAGACAUAAAGGACAUGUGUCCGAGCCCUGCAAGGAGACAUGCAAAACGUCAUUGCUCUGCUUUCUGCGAAGCGGGAGGUACGAUGAGCUGGAGCAGUGCGACCUCUUAAAUGGUUUUGGAGGAAACUUGGCCCGGGCUGCCAGAAAAACUCUCUGUUGACCUUAGGAAGUUUGCACUGAG